AUGCAGGAAAACGUCUUCUACGAGAUCCCGGAUGACGAGGACCUCACCGAUGACGUCGAGGCCACCUAUACUAAGAAUUAUGAAAAGGCGAUUUCAGAAUACAAUGAUAUCUUAUUUGCGUUUGAGAAAUUAUGUGUGGCCUCAGCUCUUCCGGCGACUGUUCAUCCGUCCACGUCAGCCACACCUGCUAACGUUCUGCCCAAAAUUGCUCUGCCAUUAGUAUCAGCUCAGGAAGAGGUGCUCUCUCGGGCCCACCAGGAUGUACGCGCCACUCGGGCGCGACGAUUGAUUCCC